ACCAUGUGAAACUGUACAUGGGCAGCUGUGCACUCAAUGGGUAUGGACUAGUUUAGAUUUAACAUUUAACAUUUAACAUUUAGAAUUAGAUUUAGAUUUAACAUUUAGAUUUAACUGUGACAUAUUUAACAUAUUUCAAAUAUUGCUGUAAAUGUGGUAAAAAGUGACUUUGACAAACAGCACCCCAUACUGAAGUUACCUUGCUCACUUCAAAUGCUGCUUCAUAGUACAGGCCUCUGAAUACCAUCAACAUCAACACUGUUUGUUCUGAUAAUGCAAACCAGUGAAAUACAUGUGGUGUCUUUGGUAUUUAUGGAAAGUUGAUGAAAAAAUGUUUAGAAAAAUUGUUUAAAGAAAUUGUGUAAACAACUUUGUUUCAUUUCCAGCUCAGUGUCUGACUGAUGAGAUGCGGCUGGAAAGUAUUCCAGCAGGAAAACCAUGUCUUCACUCACUCGUCCUCGUAGACUGAGGAUGAGUUCAUGGUUCUUGACAACAGCAAACAGACACCUGACACAGGAACAGGGAGAAGAUGAUGUGCAUCAUCCUGCUGCUCAUCAACCUGACCUCCUGUGUCUGUGGAACAUUUGUAGUCAAUGUGACACAGACCUCCUAUCAGGCAGAGGAGGACCACAACAUCACACUGGAGUGGAUGUUCACCACCAAACCUGGCAGCUCCCUCCACUCCCUUUAUAUCUACUGUGAACUGUUAACUGAUCUCAGAGCCUCAGGUCUGUUUCAUCUACAUGGAGGUGUUGAGGUCCCAGAGUCUCAGGAUGAACAGUUUACAGGACGAGUCCAGUGUGACAAAGACGUCCUCAGAGAGGGACGACUCAGACUUCAUGUGUCCAGACUCAGGACUAAUGACUCAGGACUGUACAUGUGUGAAGUGUCCACACGUUAUGGCGGCAGCACUGCUACAUGUCGGCUCAAUGUCACUGCUGCUGAUGAGCCCAAACCUCAGAGACCAACAGAGAGUCCACAACCAGAGAGUCGAGGAAGGAUAGGCCUCUACGUUGGACUGGGACUGGCAGCAGCUCUACUGAUUUGCAUCACUCUCUGUGCUGUCAAAGUCUGUUUUACUAGAUUUACUGAUAAGAAAAAAACUAUGCAUCCACAGAAGCUGAGGACACUGAGAUGCUGAAUGGCCAGCAGCAGCCCUGCCCCUAACUCAACAACUCAAAACACUGCACUUUUACUUGCAGUUGCUGUGCUAUUUAAAAUGAAACACAUCCAAUCUGUUUGAUAUUUCGGUGGUUUCUUCCGAUGCCUGUUUUCAUCUUUCCUCUCGAAAAGAACGUGAAGAAAAGUAAGACAGGUGAGCUUCCCGGAAGUCCCAGUAAAUAUGGGCCUUUCAAAAUAAAAGCCAAGAGAAUACAAUAGCCAUUCUAUAACAUUAACGUUAUGCGAGCACAUACCAGGGUAACAUCUGAGGAAAAAUACACUAAUAUAAAUUAAUCAAUCAGACAAAUUAAUAAGUAAAUAAAUACACCAAAAAAAUGGACCGAUGGAAACAGGGAUUGAUUACAUGUAGAAUAAUAUUGUGCAUCUGACUCAUCUACACAGCAUGAGUAAAGUCUUAGAUUAAUGAUUUUUUUUAUCUGAACAUGAAGUCUUAAACAUCUAUCAGUCUGGUUUUAGACCCCGGCAUAGCACUGUGUCAGCAACUGCUAAGGUUGUGAACGAUAUUGCUCAAGCACUAGACAGUAAACUUGAUUGUGUUGCCCUUUUUAUUGACCUUUCUAAGGCCUUUGACUCGGUUGACCAUACUAUCCUUCUUGAGCGUCUGCAUAAUAUUGGGCUUGAUUACAAGUCAUGUAAAUGGGUUGAGAAUUAUUUAUCUGGUAGAUCCCAAGCUGUGAUUGGUGAUGGUUUUCAUAUCGGAAUUUUUAAAUAUAUACAAAGGGGUACCACAGGGUUCUGUUUUAGGACCUCUGUUAUUUUCUAUUUAUAUCAAUGAUUUUAAUUGUGGUAUCAAAAAUAGCUCAAUUCAUCUUUACGCUGAUGAUUCAGUCAUAUAUUUUCUUGCUCCCUCUGUUGAACUAGCUCUGAGUAAUUUACAAGAUGACUUCUGUUGUAUCCAAAGAACUCUGACUGAUCUUAAAUUGGUUUUAAAUCCAAGAAAAUCAAAGUAC